AUGGCGAGCUCCGUCGGGGCGGGGGCGGCGGGGCCGGGGACGCGGCGGGAGCUCCGUCAGAAGACCGACGCCGCCGGCUCCGCACUGCGGGCCGGAGAGGGAUUCCGUAUUUUCUCCGUUUAUUUUCAGGCGGGAGCGCCGUUCGUCGGUUCCCGCCGCUCUCCGCACACCGACGCCGUCCCCGGGACCGCGCAGGGCGGUGCGCGGCGCCCGGGCGCUCUGCGGUCGCGUUCCGUGCGCGUCGGUUUCCGAAGCGCCCUCGCGCGGGCCGUGACGCCGCGCUCUGCCCUGCCCGCAGGUCGCGGCCCGGCCGAGGAGGAGGAGGCGGCGGGCGGGAGGCUGCUGGCGGCCGAGGAGGAGGCGGCGGCGCCGAAGCCGCGCAAGAAGCGCUCCCGCGCCGCCUUCUCCCACGCGCAGGUGUUCGAGCUGGAGCGGCGCUUCAACCACCAGCGCUACCUGUCGGGGCCCGAGCGCGCCGACCUGGCCGCCUCCCUCAAGCUGACCGAGACGCAGGUGAAGAUCUGGUUCCAGAACCGCCGCUACAAAACCAAGCGGCGGCAGAUGGCCGCCGACCUGCUGGCCGCCGCCCCCGCCGCCAAGAAGGUGGCCGUCAAAGUGCUGGUGCGCGACGACCAGAGACAGUACCAGCCCGGCGAGGUGCUGCGGCCGCCCUCGCUGCUCGCCCUGCAGCCCUCCUACUACUACCCCUACUACUGCCUGCCCGGCUGGGCCCUGUCCUGCGCCGCGGCCGCCGGCACGCAGUGAGCGCCCCGACGGCACCGCCUCGACGGCAGCAGCGCGGCGGCGCCCCGGACAGUAUUUAUUGCUAUUUUAUUGUUAUUUUUAUUAAUAAUAUUAUUCGGACGGUCGCUCAGCCUCUCCCCACCCAGCCUGGCGGCCGAGGACUCGCGACUGGGCACCGCCGCUCCGUGGGAUCCGCGCUGCGGUGCGGCGGCUGCGGACUAUUCCUGGUUUUGUUUGCUCCAUUCCGCGUCGGAUCGGCAGAGACUCGCGUGGGAGAGACAGAGAGGGGAAAAAAAAAAAAAAAAAAAGGAGAGGGGGAAAAAAUAACCCAAAGCACCGCGGAACUGAGCGCAGCUCCAAGGAGAUGAGAACGGAUCCCGGGGGGGCUCUGAGAGUGCCAUGCGCGGGGCUGAAUGUACGGAGCCUCUCCCACCCCCGCCCGUGUCAGCCCCCUGCGAAGGAUAACCGUGUCCCGAAGGGUGAGACCGCCCCGACGCUCCAGGCUUCUUCUUGUUCUUUUUUUUUUUUUUUUUUCCUGAGAUCUUUCCGUGUUCGGGGAGGGAGGAUUCUGGAUUUUUCGCACUUUCCAGUUGUAUUAAAGUUGUUGUUGUUAUUAUUUUUAUAUUCAAUGUGAAUAUUUCUAGGCAGGCUUUAAAAAAAAAAAAAAGAAAAAUCGAUGUAACGGGAAAUGUUAAUGCCGUCAGUGCCUUUUGCGCAGUCGUUCUGCAGCCCUCCUCGGAAGUGUAAUUACGGUCUCUUUCCCUCGAGGUAGCCCAUCGCUUUCUUUCUUUCUUUUUCUCCCUUUAAUGGCACUGUGCACUCAACGACAUUAUUGACUCCAAAUGAAUUGUGAAUGUGUGUAAGCAGCCCGCUGUACUUUUUUUUUUUCUUUUUAAUUUAUAAACUGUACGUUACCA